AACGCCGCAAGAUCGCGUAGCCAGUGUUCCAGAGAGGUUGGCCCCAGCACCAGAAAAGAACAGUUUGCCGAGAGACACAACAGAUCGGAAGUGAAAACAUACGCUCUCAGGGUCACGGUCGCUGUCGUGGCCAUGAACGGUGGGGAAGGUCACAUCACCCUCCAGCCGAUAACCGCCGGCACUCUGUGAUGUAACGAUCGCAAAGUGCCGAUUUUAUUUUCACUACCAACAUCACGACCUCAGGAGGCUUCUCCGACGCACAAAAUAAACAAGAAUGGACCGCGAGAAACACACCGAAACUCGGUAUGCAGGGCUGGCCGGAGGGAUGACUGGGUGUAUUACGCGCUUCAUCUGCCAACCGUUGGACGUUCUAAAGAUCCGGCUACAACUGCAGGUCGAACCGAUCGCGGCCACCUCAAGCCGUUCGAAGUACCGUUCGAUCGGUCAAUCGGUGGCAUGCAUUUACCGCGAGGAGGGGCUUCUUGCCUUCUGGAAGGGUCACAAUCCAGCCCAGCUACUAUCGCUCAUGUACGGUGUGGCGCAAUUUUCGUUCUACGAGCGCUUCAACCGGCUGCUUCGUGAGACGGACAUUUUCGCGGGCCACGAUCGAGGGCGCCACUUUGUCUGCGGUGCGUGCAGUGGUUCGUUCGCAGCGCUCGUAAUAAUGCCGCUUGACGUCAUACGGACACGCCUGGUGUCGCAGGAUCCCGGCCGGGGCUAUAACAAUGCGGUGCAGGGUUUAAUGCACAUCUACCGGCGCGAAGGAGUUCGCGGACUGUACCGUGGUGCUGGACCGGCCAUGCUGCAGAUUGCACCGCUUACUGGGGGACAGUUUAUGUUCUACAAUCUGUUCGGUACGGUGGCGAAGCAAAUUCGGGGCCUUUCGGCAGAUGCACAACUUCCCGCCGCCGAGCUGUUCGUGUGUGGUGGACUUGCCGGAUUCUGUACCAAGCUGCUCGUCUAUCCGCUUGACCUGGUCAAGAAACGACUCCAGAUACAGGGCUUCGCACAGAAUCGCCAAACCUUCGGGCAGCAUUUUGUCUGCCGCCAUAUGUUCCACUGCCUGGCGCAGGUUGGCCGCUACGAGGGUCUGCGCGGGCUGUACAAAGGUCUCCUGCCUUCGCUGCUAAAAGCCGGCUUCACGUCCGCCUUUUACUUUACCAUAUACGACAGUCUGGUGGUGCUGUUUAACAGUAAACCUAGCCUUAGGCCGUAG